UAGUAUUGGUUUGCACGGGCGUCCAUUAUCUUUUUGUUCAUCUAGUGAAAACCCCUGUCUAAACCUCUCUCAAAUAUCCUAUCCUGUUGCUACAGCGACCUCUCAGUUCAAUUAUCCAACCGGCGACGCCGUCACACGGUCGCUCCACUCGCCCCCGAACGCGCGCAACCACCGUACAACCCUCUUCACCGCCGUAACAAUUGCCGGCAGACGGACGGGAACUGACAAAUAAAAUGGCCGCGUCACUCUCUCACACUCUCCCCAUUCCUCGUCGCCGUCAUUCUUUCGUUUCACAUAUCAAUAAGCAGAUUGCUAGCAUAUAUCGCAUUGACCCCAACUUCAAUGUUCAAAGACGAGCAAGGGUGGUCUGCCAAGGCAUGUUGGCGCCCAGAAAGUUUAUGCAGAGAAGGAAAAAGAUUGAAGUUUUUGAUGAUGCUGCUGAUGAAGAAGAUCAAAAGAGCUGGAGGAAGAUGAUGAAUGAAAUCGAUGAGGUGGGCUCUGCAGUUUCUGUGCUCAGAACACGAAGAACAAAAAACCAACCUCUUCCUAAAGAUCUAGUUUUAGGAACCUUAGUUAGAUUUAAGCAGCAAAAGAAAUGGAAUAUUGUUGCUGAGAUCCUUGAGUGGCUUCGAACUCAGCAUUGGUGGAAUUUCAAUGAAAUGGAUGCUUUGAUGCUGAUUACUGCUUAUGGAAAAGAAGGGGAUUUCAACAAAGCAGAAAGGGUUUUUAGUUAUAUAAACAAGAAAGGUUAUCCACCAAGUGUUAUAUCUCAUACUGCUCUUAUGGAAGCUUAUGGAAAAGGAGGUCAAUGCAACAAAGCAGAAGCAAUAUUCAGAAGGAUGCAAUCUUCAGGACCUGAACCUUCUGCUAUAACAUAUCAAAUAAUUCUCAAGAUAUUUGUUGAGGCAGACAAGUUUGAAGAAGCUGAAGAAAUUUUUGAAAGUAUUUUGACAGAUGAGGUGUCAUCUUUGAAACCAGAUCAACAGAUGUUUCACAUGAUGAUUUAUAUGUACAAAAAAGCAGGAAGCAAUGAUAAAGCUAGAAGGCUAUUUUCAAUGAUGAAUGAAAGAGGACUCCAGCAAACCUCAGUGACUUAUAAUAGCUUGAUGUCAUACGAAUCUAACUAUAAAGAGGUUGCCAAAGUCUAUGAUCAGAUGCAUAGAGCUGGGGUCCGCCCUGAUGUAGUCAGCUAUGCCCUACUCAUUAGUGCUUAUGGAAAAGCCCGAAGAGAAGAAGAAGCAUUAGCUGUUUUUGAAGAAAUGCUUGAUGCUGGUGUUAGGUAUUUUAAUUUAAACUUUAAAAAAAAAAUCUUUAUGGCUUUAUAUAUUUUACUCUUAUGUUUUAGGCCAACACAAAAGGCGUAUAACAUCUUGCUUGAUGCAUUUGCAAUAUCUGGAAUGGUGGAUCAGGCGAAGAUUGUGUUCAAGAGUAUGCGAAGAGACAGAUGUACACCGGAUCUUUGGUCAUACACAACUAUGUUGUCGACAUAUGUGAAUGCAUCUGACAUGGAGGGAGCUGAGAGAUUUUUUAGAAGGAUAAAGGAAGAUGGACUUGAGCCUAAUGUUGUUACAUAUGGGACUUUGAUUAAAGGUUAUGCAAGGAUUAAUGAUCUUGAAACAAUGAUGAAGAAGUAUGAGGAGAUGCAGAUACAUGGUAUUAAGGGGAAUCAGACUGUUUUUACUACGAUUAUGGAUGCAUAUGGGAAGAAUAGAGAUUUUGGGGAUGCUGUGAUUUGGUUUAAAGAGAUGGAGUCUUGUGGGGUUGUUCCUGAUAAAAAAGCAAAGAAUAUUCUUUUGUCUUUGGCUAAUUCAGUUGAAGAGAAAGCAGAAGCUAGUAAGUUAGUUGGAUUGAGUGAUGAUUCUAGCAAUGAACAUAUAGUGGUUAACGACAAUAUUCGUUUUGAUGAGGAUGAUGAUGAUGAUGGUGAUGAUGAAGAAGAUGAAGAUGAAGAUGAUGAUGAUGAUGAUGAAAAUGAAAACUUAUCUAUUGUGGAUGAAAGGAGAGAGGUGACUGUGGCUGUUGGUGGUAGAAUUGGAUAAAAUGAGGAAAUGAGUGAUACAUGGUUUAUCUUUUGUGAAAUUUUGGAGAUAGAAUUGGAUAAGUGUGUAUAGUCUUAGUAAAUUGCAUGGGAUAUUUAAUGGGUAGGUAUAUGCAAAAAUGCAAAUUUUCAUCAUAUUGCAAAAAACUCUCCACUCUCAUAUUAGCGAAUACCUUUUGAAUU